UGCUCAUCUAUAUCUAUAUAGAUCUAUAGCUGGAUAGAGAAACUAGAGCAGUGCUCCCCAACCUUUGUUGCUCCACGGACGGUUUAACGUCAGACAGACCGGCCUUUAAGGCGGAUAAAUACAACAAAAUAAAACGAUACGACCAAGACAACAACUGUGAUGUUUUGCAGAUAUAACAAAAAACGUAAAUUCACUGUGUAACUGUAACUGUGUCAUUCUGUGUGCUCCACACCAACAAUGCUGAGAUCAAACAGAAAUAGGACACAGCAGGAAUAAAUAGCAAACAGGAGAAAUGUGUGCAAUAAAGUUUUAUACAAAACAAGACAAAUGUACACAAAAUAACGGCACAGGCACAUAUUAGAUGGUGCUUGGACGUGCUCCAAGGAAAAGCCUGAAUAGUCUGUGUGUGAGUGGGCUGAGUGAUGAGGGUCACCAUGGCUCAGACUGGUGAGGUUGGUGGUGUGUGGGGGUCGUACUGUUUGUCAGCCCCCACUGGAGCUCUCCUGUUCUCAGCUGUGGACCAAACACCCAGGCAGUGGGAGAAGCCCAGCAGCGCCUGGUCCUGGUGCAGGCGCUGCUGGGCUUGUUCACCAGGGCCCAGCAUCAUAUAUCUGGCUGGUGGCUGUAGUUGGAACGAAUAAAAUGCUUUGAGACUACUUGUGUUGGCUGCUGAAUGUGUCAGCCAGUAUAGUGUGUGUGUUUGUUGUUCAGUGGGUCUUAGUCCUGCUUUUAAAUCUCUGACUCUACAUGAAACUGUGAGGCAGAAGAAAAGCAUCAUACUUUCAGUGCAUGAUGAAGUAAUGCACAUAAAAAAUACUGUGAAAGCUAUUAAAGACAUAGAGUCGCUGCUGAAGCGUCCCCGGCCCUUAAGUCCAACUGUCUCAGUGCAGAGAUGUUGUCUCAGAGGUUUGGAGCCCACACACAUGUUUAAAAAACAUGUCUUUAUACUUGAAUGCAAAUAUGAUCCAUCUCUGCUUCAGCUCGUCUUCAGUGUGCAUAGAUGUGUUCAGCACAGCAGAAGAAGAGUCUGCAGCCAUCUGUCAAACCAGUCUGUGCUGGGACUCUUGUCCAACUGUGAUGGAAGUAUGAAGUAGAGAAGUUUGAUCCACUGUGUGAGAUCAUGUGGAAAGAGUCUGGCUUUGUUUUUCAGUAGGACAAUAAUCCCAAACUGUCACGGCCUGGGGAUGUGGGGAAGUAAGACCCACAAUGCAGGACUCUUGCGAUGAAAAGGUGUCUUUAUUUACAGUAAAGUAAAAUAAAAGGUAAACAAUAAAUCCCUGCGCGCUCCCAUCUCCCGUUUCAUGUCCUCGCGCCCCUGCUCCGUGUCUCUGUUCCCUGUGUACAACCUCGUUUCUGCAGAUCCUCCUCGGAAACACACGAAGGCAGCCGUGAACACAAACUGAUGGGAACGGUCCAGCGUCGAGGAGCGCUCAGCCACACCGUUAAGUAGCUCCCCGACGAAGCUGAUCAGCUCCAGGUGGAAGUGGAUCUCCUUGGCAGGUGUGACACACCCACCAGGCCUGAAGAUGGCUGUAAGCUGGUGCUCAGCACACCCACAAACACACAGACGCACUGGGAUAACGUUCACUCUUCACUGUGAUGUUCAGCGUGUGCUUACCCGACAGUGUUAUGAACCAGCUGUGCAGUCUGAGUGCAGUCUGAGUGCAUACGCCGGCUCUCUGUCAGCUCAUAUACAGACUGUUAAAAGGCUUUUAUGAAGCAUAUACUGGCUCUGGGAUCUACCUGCAUAGAAACCAGUAAUGAACUUCAGUUCGUGGGACUCAGUGUGCCAGGAGUUCAAAGUGCAGGUCUGGGCUUUAAGGUGGAAAUCCUGAGUCUGCCUCUUGGCUAAGUGCACAGUGUAGAUAUUACACUAUACUUGUGUUCACUGACUUCACUGUAGUCGCUUUGUUUGUGCUUUUUCAUGUUUAGUCAGCAUUGCAUCAGUAAAGCUUCUUGAUGAUCAUAUCUGGUGUUGUUGCUGACGUGGCAAUCUGCUCUGGAGCCUUUCAGGCUGAGUAGACGAGCGUGCUGGGCCAGCGAUCAGUGCAGGACCUGCUCAUCCAUGGGAACCAUGGAGCUCCUGCUGGCAUGUUUCUGGUGAUCUGUUGAUGCCAAAGGAGUUUGAAACUGAAGUCACCGAGUCAGCAGAGUGUUGGCAGCUGUUACGCGCUGUAAUAUAUGUGCUCUGCCACUUUGUGUGGUUACUAAGCUCCACCACUUAAAUGGCAAUACUAACAGCACUUACAGUGGAUGGUAGAAUAAUGAAAUGUUGCAGUCCUGACUUGUGACCAUUUGCUCUGCUAUGUUUCUACAGGUAGACUGCAUGGCUGCAGUGUUGCAGUGGGACUGAAAACACCUGAGUGUGAAGACGUUGUCCCUGUAGUGUGCUGAAGCUUGUUUAUAAUGACAUAUGCUGUUUGGAUAUCUGCACCUGUUGUCCUUACCGUUGGAAAUAAACCUGUGCAUUAGGGCCCUGCAGUCAGUGACAGUAUGUCAGUGUUCACUAUGUAUCACUAUACUUGAAUCCAUUUCAUUUUCAUUCAUAGCCUCAUAUAGAGAAUGGCAUUUACACAGACGCACUGAUGCAGGGCUUUCUGUUUCUAUCAGUUCAGCUCCAUCAUUAGUCUUUACAAACGUUACAGACACACAGAACCAAAGUCCAGGUAUGUGUGGUCCACAUGAGUCCAGCCUGCAGGAGAAACUGUCCCUGUAGCCAACCUAGCAUGUUUGUGUAGCAGCUCACUUUGUGUCAGAUGUGAUGUGUGUAAAAGCUUUCAGUUGUUUUGUCCUGUGAUCACCGCGUUCAGUCAAGUCUCCCGUCAGCCAUCGCUGACAGUUCAGCAACCCGACCACGUUCAAAAGGGCUUCUUAAUCACAUGUCACGUAAACUGAGCAGUUACAGUGUUUCCUCAUUUAGAGUCUAGUUAGCCUUAGUCCUCUGCAGGCUGAGAUUCAUCCUGUCACAUGUUUUUGGGUUCUCUGCAGGAAUGCAUGGUUCCAUCUCCCAGACUCCUGCAGUCCCAAAUCAUCACACCCUGCUUCUCCGUCAGGACUCUGCAUGUGACAUGUCUAACCCUAACCCUGACACUCUCGGACAGGUUCAACUCAAAUAUACUGGAACUUUUCUAAGACAAACAAAUUUGGACUCCAGUUUGCUCCAGUUAUUCAUCAGACGUCUUUAGGAACGUUUCAGUCUGCAUUUCUGUCCUAAAGAGCAAACAAGGUUUUUAUUUCCUGGACACUGUCCUUCACUCUGAGGGACGUUCAUUUUCACUGACAGCCCCUGGACGGUGUGGAUUCAUGUUAGAAUAUCACCACGACUCUGAUUUCUGAUGCAGAUGCUUUUAUUUGCUCAGAUUUUCCACCAUCUCACAGUCUGACGUCUUAAUUUUUCUCUUAAUUAUUUUUCAUGUGACUAAUUAAUGCAGACACAGCCCUAAAGGCUAACGCAGGAGUUGCCAGUGUAGUUUCAUUUUGUGGCUUUCAGUUUCUACUUUCCUCUUCAGCAUGUGAGAAAAGCUCGUGUUAAGCAUUUGUUCUUAAAUGUUCAUGAAAAAAAAUAUUCAAGCUGUAGUUGUCAUGCCGAUCAGCUUCCCAGUGAACCUGUUUAACCUGUGAGGGGCUUCAUGGUCUGUUUUCUAAAGAGUUCAUUUGUUCUACUCAAACGAGGAAGUGCUUGGAGACGAUGUGGUCAGUGUGUCAGUAGAAACUAAAAAGAAGAAGAGCCUGUUUCUGACCGCUCAGUCUUGGUGAAGACUUCAUACAGAAGCCAUGGCUGCGGCGUCGGCUCUGGUGUCUGAGGACAGUCUUCUUUGUCCCGUCUGUCUGAGUGUGUUCACUAAACCUGUGUCGAUUCCCUGUGGACACAACUUCUGUAUGAACUGUAUCACAGACUACUGGAGCACCCUGUCUGUACUCCAAUGUCCACUGUGCAAAGAGACGUUUUACACCAGGCCGUUGCUUCGGGUUAACCCUGUCAUUGCUGAAAUGGCAGAAAAGGUUAAAAAAUCUCUUCAAGAAAUGUUGAGUUCAGCUGAACGAGCAGGACAUGAAGACGUGCUCUGCAGCAUCUGUGCAGGGUCCAAGGUCAGAGCCCUGAAGUCCUGUUUAAUGUGUUUACUGUCCUACUGUCAAACACAUCUGGAGCCUCAUCAGAGGAUUUCAGCUUUGAAGAAACACAAGCUGAUCGAUCCAGUUCAGAACCUGGAGAGCAGAAUAUGUCGGGAUCACGGUGAGCCUUUGGAGCUGAUCUGCAGACUGGAUCAAAGGUUUCUGUGUCAGUCCUGUAAAUGCAGUGACCAUAAAACACAUGAAACAGUGAGUCUGGAGGACGAGGCUGAGAUGAGGAAAUCCCAGCUGAGAUUAGACAAUAACAGCAUGGAUCAGAUGAUCCAGGAGCAUGAGCAGAAAAUCCAGGAGCUUCAACAGUCAGUGAAGACCAGCAGAAGUAAAGCUGAGGAGGCGUUAUCGUACAGCAGGAAGGUGAUGACCGCUUUGGUGCAGCACAUAAAGACAGAGUUCACCAGACUGUCUGAGGCGAUCGAGACGGAGCAGGAAAUAAAUGAGACGGAGGCAGAAAGCUUUAUUGAUGAGCUGCAGGCAGAGAUUACACACAUGAAGAAGAAGAAGCUGCAGUUUCAUGAAGCUUCACUCAUCAGAGACCCCUUCAGCUUCCUGGAGAACGUCCUCCCUCUUACCUACAAUAAGCCCCAGCUGCAGGACUGGUCUGCUGUGACUGUAACCGGUGACCAGUUUAUGAUUCAGGAGACCCUGGCCGAGCUGGAGACAAAAGUCAGAGAAGAAGUCAGCACGCUCUAUGAUGUAAACUUCAGAGAUGGGAAAGAACAAAGGUAUGAUCUGAAUGUUUUCAUGGCUUGGUCCAGAUUUGGGUUCUCCUUGAAACACGGUGAGGUCACUCAAUCAAAAUCAGUCAGUGUCUCCAUCUCGACACCCCUUUUUGUACAUGAACUUUUGUUUGUUCAGUAAAAAUCAAGAAUAGUUUAGUCUGGGUGGAUUUCUAG